AUGGCCGGGAAGAGGACGCUGGCGGUGGCGCUUCGACUGGUCACGGUGGUGCUUAGCCUGCUGGCCUUCUCGAUCAUGGCCAGCACAAGGACGUCCGCGUGGAACGCCGGCCGCUACGAGCCGUACAGGUACGCCGUCGGAGUGAAUGUGGUGGUCUGCUUCUACUCGAUCGUGCAGGCAUUUGCCGUGAUCCGGCCUCUAAUCUGGCCGAGUUCUAUGUCGCGGAGCGCCUCAACAUACUUCAGCUACUGCAGCCUCUUCUUCGACCAGGUAUUGGCGUAUCUGCUGGUAUCGGCUUCGUCGGCAGCUGCGUCUCGCAACCAUCAGUGGGUGUCGAGGUUCGGCACGGACCAAUUCAGCAGCAAGAUCAACAUCGCCGUGUGGUUUUCGUUCCUUGGGUUCCUUGCGCUGUCCGCCAACGCGCUCAUCUCCAUGGCUAAUCUAUUCAGCAGGAUCUGA